AUGAACUUUGACGAACGGAUUUUGGUGGAAACCAUACAGACUUUUCCAUGUAUAUGGAACACCAAGAAUAAGGAGCACCAGGAUUCAUUGAUUGUCGAGAAUGCUUGGAAAAGCAUUGCUAUAAUGAUGGCUGAAAGUGUUGAAAGCUGCAAAGAUACUUGGAAAAGUCUUCGGUCCAAAUACAUUAGGGAGAGAAAACGCAGCCUCAAAAUGUCAUCAGGAUCAGCUUCCUAUUCAGGAAAUUGGCCCCUAUAUAAAAGCAUGAGCUUUUUAGCCUCCGUUAUACAAACGAGAAGAUCAAUUAGUAAUGUUGCCACCAAGAAAACUGGAAGAGUGUCACCACCACUUCAAACGCCCUUUUCCAGUUUAUGGUCUGCGAUGGUGGCAAAAGAUGAAUCCUCGUUACAAGAAACGUCUGGGCGGACCGAUGAGGAUUCUAAAGCUGCAAGCACAGAAACAGAGGAAGCGGUUCAAAAUAUUUCAGAGGAUUUGACACCUCAUGAUUCCGCUUCUUGUACCACUGCAAUCACCCCGAGUGGAACCACCACCCUCCAACCAAUAUCUGUAAGACAGGGUGUGAAGAGGAAGCAGUGUUCUGCAACACCAUCUCCCUCUAUAAAGGAAAAUUCGGCUGAUCCGGAAACACAAGCAAGCAGUGAAGACCGUUACUUCGGACUAAGCUUGGCGGAGUCCCUAGGCAAAAUAGGAAAUAGUAAAAAAAAAAUGAUUGUAAAAGCAAAGAUUUUAACUAUCAUGGCUGAAGCACUGGAUGAUUGACUGA